UUGGAGAAACGACAAGAGCCGUUGGAUGCAGUCGUUGAAUUCCAAAUAGAUGACUCUUUGUUGGAGCGCCGCAUUACCGGACGAUUAUUUCAUUUGAAAAGCGGUCGUAGUUACCACACUGAUUUUAAUCCGCCGAAGGAACAUAUGAAAGACGAUAUCACUGGAGAACCUUUAGUUCGUCGUAGCGAUGACAACUUGGAAGCGCUGCGGAAGCGGCUGUCUGCCUACCAUUCCAUGACGACUCCUUUGGUUGGCUAUUAUCAAAAACGCGGUAUUCAUACUGCUGUAGAUGCAAGUAAGUCGCUGGCUGACGUCUCGUUGAAAAUAGACCAAAUCUUCGCGAAACUGGCUUUGAGAGAAAAGGUAUGUGCUUGUAAUUAUUGUCGUUUUCAAAGUUUCCACAUUUAUACAGAGCGUUCCAGGGCGCAUUUUUUCGCAAUGUGA